AAAAACCCGACCAUGUCGACCAAGGAGCUUGUGCCCCCCGCGGAAGAAGAGAUUACAGAUAUUAUCGUCCAGAGGGUGCCGUACUGGGAUCCCCCGGCAGUCAAGCCGCUGGACACGAGCGAGCUGUCAGAGUGGUCCCUCUACCGCGCUCUCAUCGGCGAGUUCACGGCGUCGCUCAUCCUCGUCUACGUGAGCAUCGCCACCGUCAUCGGGUACAAAUUUGAGUCCUCCGGCCCCGACGACAGGUGCAUCGGUGUCGGGUACCUCGGCGUUGCCUGGUCCUUCGGCGCCACCGUCUCCGUCCUCGUCUACUCCACCAGCGGCGUCUCGGGCGGGCACAUCAACCCGGCGGUGUCGUUCGCGCUGUUCCUCGCCGGCAAGGUGACGCUGGUGCGCACCGUGCUAUACAUGGUGGCGCAGUGCCUCGGCGCCAUUUGCGGCGUGGGCAUCGUGAAGGGGAUCAUGAAGCACCCCUAUAACUCCCUCGGCGGCGGCGCAAACUCGGUGGCCGGGGGCUACUCGCUCGGAGCAGCCCUCGGCGCCGAGAUCUUUGGCACGUUCGUGCUCGUCUACACCGUCUUUUCCGCCACCGACCCCAAGCGCACCGCGCGGGACGCCUUCGUCCCGUUGGUGGCGGCCCUGCCGAUCGGUUUGGCGGUGUUCGUGGUGCACCUGGCGACCAUACCGAUCACCGGCACCGGCAUCAACCCGGCGAGGAGCCUGGGCGCCGCCGUGCUUUACAACCAGCACAAAACGUGGAAGCAGCACUGGAUCUUCUGGGUCGGGCCGUUCAGCGGCGCGGCGCUGGCGGCGUUCUACCACAAGGUCGUGCUGCGCGACAUUGCUGUAAUCAAGGAGGCGCUGCUGAGCUCGUUCAGGAUGACCGGCUAGCUUUCCACCUCUUGAAGAUCGAGCAGAGGAAACCAU